GUAACGUGCCAGAAUCGAAUGAGCCUACCAUUUCAAAUGAGACCGUUUCCAAUAUUAUAGGGUCAGAAGCUAGAAAAGCUAAGACUCAAGUUAAUCAAAAACGAAGACUAGAACGCGAAAAGAAUCACAAUAGCAGUCGUGGAUCUUCAACAUUUGCAAUUUGCUGUGCCCACGGUAAAGUUCGUUUACAACCUUUAUCUAAACCACUAUCAUAUUUGCUGGAUCUGUACAUAUUAACUGGACCUGAUGCUGAUUCAUUUCGCAAAAACAUUAGGGGCUAUAAUAAUAUCUUAGCAUGCACAUCAUUUGGAGCUAAUAUAAAUGAAUUUCAAGGACGAGGAGUGUCUAAUUUCCAGAUUCAUGGCCAAGUCUAUCACCACAUCAGAUCAUUACUGCCAGCAGAUUACACACCUGUAUUUGCUCAACUAUAUGUCUACAAUACUGCGCAUGAAG